AUGACCCUGAGCUCGGAGAUGUCGGAGGCGUCGGCGCUGGCUGAGGAGACCGACAUCGAUGUGGUGGGCGAGGAAGACGACGAGGAGGACGACGAGGAGCCGCAGCCCCGCCGCCGCCGCCGCUCCUACGCCGAGGAGGAGGAGGAGGAGGAGGAGGAUGAGGAAGAGGACGAGGAGGAUGUGGGCGACCUCCACGACGACGCCCUGCUGCCGCGGUCGCCCGUACGCGGCGGAGGCGGCGGAGGAGGAGGCGGCGGCGGCGGCGGCGGGGCGGGCGGCGGAGACGGUGCCGGCGGCUCUCGGUCCCCCUCGCGGGGCGGCCCGCAGAAGGCGGCGGCGGGCGGCGGCGGGGCGGGCGGCGGCGGCGGACCGGGCGGCGGCGGCGGCAAGAACAGCCUGGUGAAGCCACCCUACUCCUACAUCGCCCUCAUCACCAUGGCCAUCCUGCAGAGCCCCAAGAAGCGGCUGACGCUGAGCGAGAUCUGCGAGUUCAUCAGCGGGCGCUUCCCCUACUACCGGGAGAAGUUCCCCGCCUGGCAGAACAGCAUCCGCCACAACCUCUCCCUCAACGACUGCUUCGUCAAGAUUCCCCGGGAGCCCGGCAACCCGGGCAAGGGCAAUUACUGGACGCUGGACCCCGAGUCCGCCGACAUGUUCGACAACGGGAGCUUCCUGCGCCGCCGAAAGCGCUUCAAGCGGCAGCAGCUCCCGGCGCCAGAGCUGCUGCUGCGCGCCGUGGACCCCGCCGCCUUCCUCCCGCAGCCCCCGCCCCAGCCCCCGCAGCAGCCGCCCUGCGCCUACGGACCCUACGGCUGCGGCUACGGCCUCCAGCUCCAGCCCUACCACCCCCACUCCGCCCUCUUCGCCUUCCACCACCCCUCCCCGCCGCCCCGCCAGACCCCCGCCGCCCCCGGCAGCGCCCCCGGCGCGGCGCUGCCCCCCGCCGCCGCCGCCGCGCCGCCGGGCCCCUUGCUGCCGGCGGCGGACCUGGCACGGACGCCCUUCGGCUACGGGCACCCGCUGGGCCCGGCGCUGGCGGCUUCGCUGCACGCCGCCAAGCCCGGCAGCGGCGCGGCGCUGGCCCGCUCGCCCUUCUCCAUCGAGAGCAUCAUCGGGGGGGCGCCCGGUCCCGGUGCCGGUCCCGGUCCCGGCUCCGGGGGGGGCAGCAGCUGCGCCUCGCAGUCGGCCGCCGCGCCGGGGCUGUCCCGCUCGCUGGGGAGCGCCGGGGGCGGCCUGGCCCCCGCCUCUGCCCUGCCCGCCGCCCCCGGCUUCGCGGCCCGGAUCUCUAACUGUUAAGGGUUUUUUGGGAGUCUUUCCGAAGCGCUGGUGGCGAGGGCAGAGCGCACGGUCGCCCCCGCCGAGACUGAGGCCUGUGCGGGGGAUCUGUUGGAAAGUGGAUCUGGUUUAAUAGUCCCUUGGCACGGCCCGGAGGCUCCGCUCCGUAUGUAAUACUUUCCCUCAUUACUUACAGUAAGUACUUCAGUAGUCUCUGAUAAUAUUGUAUUUGACAGAAAUCAUGGAAAUUAUGAUCGUGGCCAAACGCUCCCUGCACUGGGACUUGCUAACCAAAGCAGAUCCGUUUUUCAGCUUGUUACCAGCAGCUCCCCCAUCCGCAGCGAAGUUUCUCCCGCUUCCCUUUCGGCGCGGCGCCGGGCCGCCCACGCCAGCGGGACCCGGGCACCGGCGGGGACCGGACGCCGUGUGCCCGCCGCCGGCCGCCUCCCCAGCAGGUAGGUGUCCGCUCGCCCUCCGCCCCUGCCGCCCCUCACUCGCACAACCCCGGUGACCGGCCGCAGGUGACUGCGGGGCUUCUCCUCCCUUCCUUUCCCCGUAAGUCCUUUCCCCGCCACAGCCCCCACCGUCGAGCAGCCACCGUGGGCUCUCCUCUCGACGCCCCUUCCAGCACGACUGAGAUGCGGAGGAAAGAUUCGUGCAUAACUGUGUGUUAUGUACGUGUGGGCAGGAAAAUGUCACUCCUCGACGGUAACGAGCUGCUUUUGGAUCCAUGCUGCGGCAGCAAAUGUGCUCGUUGCCUCUUUGCGCAGGCGGGUGCCCAUCGAUUUGGGGGUGUGGGCGUGGGGGGAAGCGGAGACAUGCAGGCGAGCCCCACAUCGGUAAACCACUUAUUCCUGUUUUUCCCUUGCAGAAGAGCUCCGUGCCCCGCCGCCUGUCCCUGCUCGGAGGGGUGCUGCGGGCUACCGGCCACGCCGCCCCGCUCCCCGCCGCCCGGCCCGUCUCGCCGCGCAGUCCCCGGCGCGACCCAAAAGAAGAGACGCAAAGGGUUGGGGGGGCUGGGGGAAACGUAGGGAGCCCCGCGGCAAAACUCGCGGCCCGUCCGGGUGGCACCGCGGUCUGUGCGCGGCUGCGCAGCGGGGCAGAGCCUCCGCGGCCGCGGCGGCGCUCCGCGCCCAGCCCUCCCGCAGGAGCGGGGAGGCACCCGGAGGCGGCUGGGCAGGAAUCACCGCGGGAGCCCCGCGGAAGGUGUGCCUGGUACGAAGGUGUGCCUGGUACGAAGGUGUGCCUUCAGCGCAGGGCUCCGGCUCCGCGAGCCGCCGCGGCGAGGGGCAGCGGGACUCCGGCUCCGGUCUGCGCCUCGGAGGAGAGGAAAGACCUACCGGCUAGGCUCCGGAGUGCCCAGAAAGUAGAAAAAACUAUGGACUGGACUGUACGGAAAUUUUUUUUUUUUUUUUUAAAUGCAGUGUCUAGCCAAUUUCAGAAAUGAUAUCACUGAGCUGAAUUCAGAGGGAAAGUUUUGUUGUUUUUUUUAAUCAAAACAAUUAAACUUGCCCUUUCUCCAAACUACAAGAGACCUGUUGAAUUGAUUCUAAGUUUCCCUUUCGUUGAUGGAGCAAAACGGCAUGCAGAAGUCUGCGGGGCCCCAUAUUUAGAUAAUAAAUUAUACAAUUUAUGUUGGAAGCAAAAGGAUAAAUAGAGAUUUCAGUUGUUGCAUUAAUUCGUUGCCUGAGACUGGGAAAGCCUUAUCCACGGUUAACCCGAAGGUAUUUCUCUCCCCUACGCGCAGUAGAAAACCAUCUGCAUGCAUCGAAACCAUCGCGUAUAUAACGUUCAGGCGUGUGCGCCCGGGACGCGGUGGUGCCACCGACCCGCGCAUCUGCAGCACUGCGGUCGUCGCUCCGGCAGAUGCCCACGCUUCGGAAAGUCCUCAUAAAACCCGGGAAUAUGGCUCUUCCUACGGCGGUGGACGUAGGUCUGCUUUCCAGCUUUCAUUACGGGAGAGCACA